AUGUUUACUGAAAUAGAUUUUGAGAUUGUAGACUCUAUAUGUGAAGAAAGUUUAAAGUUGGAAGAAGGGUCAAUGUCUGUAGAAAUGAAUGUGGAUAACAUACGUAUAGGGUCAAAAUUUAGGACCAGAGAAGAAUUACAACUUACUGUCAAGAAAUAUUAUAUUGCACAACAUUAUCAAUUGGUUGUAAUGGAAUCAAAUCAAGAUAUGUGGUAUCUAAAAUGCAAAGAGUGGAAUGAUAGUUGCAAGUGGAAACUUCGCACUCGUCGACGUAAAUCUCAUGGGAUGUUUGAAAUUAGUGUACUUGAGGAGGUUCAUUCGUGCUUAUAUGCUGAGCUUACACAAGAUCACUCACAAUUGGACUCAAAUUUUAUGUGCAAUGAAAUUCAGAAUAUUGUACGACGUGAUCCUAGUAUGUCUGCAACUUCAUUACAAGAAGUCAUAAAAAAAGAUUUUGGAUAUUGUGUGAACUAUAGACGUAUGUGGCAAGCUAAACGAAAAGCACUAAUUAAAGUUUUUGAAGAUUGGGAAAAAUCUUAUGAAGAGCUCCCAUACUGGUUGAAUGCUUUGGUGCAUUACAAUGUCGACACUCGAGUACUCUGGGACUUGAUACCUUCGAAUAAACGUGGAAAUCUUAUUUUCGGGCGAUUGUUUUGGUCAUUUGGUCCUACAAUUGAAGGAUUUAAACAUUGUAGACGAUUAAUCCAGAUUGAUGGUACACACCUGUAUGACAAGUAUAAGGGAAAAUUACUUAUUGCCACAUCAAUUGAUGCAAAUGGACAUAUAUUCCCUAUUGCUUUUGCUAUUGUGGAAGAGGAAAAUACUUUUAGUUGGUCGUGA